GCUGCUGGUUGUCAUGGCACCAACACAUUCCCUCACCUCCAGCAUGGCUCUAUCAAACACCCAGCAGACGUUUAUGAACGCUGUCAUUCCUUCCCUGAAAACUGGACUGACGUCGCUAAAUGACCUGGCUGCCAAAGUCAUCGAAGCCAAAGUCCCACACAUCCUCAGAUCUGGAGCCAAGUAUGCGGACAUCCGAACGUCAAUAGUGGAAACACAGAAGCACUUUGGGCAGUCAGAAAGAGCGGCAAGCAGUGGACUUAAUUCGAUAAACGCUGAAUAUGAGGUGCUUACUGUUAGAAAGGGGGAGCUGGAGAGCGAAAUUGCUGCCAAAGAAGUUGAGAGAAAUAACAUAGGAAUGCAAAAGCAACAGGCCACACAGAGUUUAAGAUCAGCUGAGCAGUCUCUCCAGGCGUCAAAGAGGGAAUACGCUCAUGCCCUGUGGAGGCUCCGCACUGCAGAGCGGAAGAUGGGAGACGGGUGGACAGCAGGAGGGGUCUCGAUCUCUUCAGCCCUUGAGGAUUACGGCAACGCACGCUACAUGGCAAACAAAGCAGAAGAUGAAAUGAAGACAUCUGAUGAUGCAGUAAAGCACUACUCCAAUCAGAUCUCUCAGUACACUACACGUUAUAUAGACCUAGAUUCUAACAUUCGUCUGCUGGAUUUGGAAAUGUUGCGGUUUGACUUUGCAAUCGUAAAAAUCGGAUUCCAGCAAGAUGCUGCAGCUCAGAUCCAGAGUAAGUUGAGCGAAGCCACCAGUGUUCUGGGCGACCUGGCGAGAGCCAGCGAUGCUGCUGAAAUAGAAACCCGCACGUACAUAGCUGUGGGAGCACUGAUCCACACAGUUCAGGAUAUUUUUGAACUGUCUGAGAGGUACGGACUGGAGUUUGAGAAUCAGGGGGUGGAAAGUCUUAUUGGGAGCCUGCAGAAGUAUGAGGACGAAUUAUAA